AUGGUGGUCAUGGCCCUGGGCGCGUCGUGGGCCGUGGCCCGCGGGCUCUGCGGCUACUGGCCCGUUCUCCUCGUGUCCUUUUGCUCCCUGCCCGUGCGCGCGGCGCUGGGCGCCACCUUUAUCGAGGCCUGGGGCGUGUGGCCGGUCCAGGUGCUCGACGGCGUCGGGGCCGGGCUACAGAGCGUCGCGGUCCCGGGGACCGUGGCGCAGGUGCUCGCGCGCACCGGGCGCGUCAAUGUUGGUAUCGGCGCCGUUGGGACAGCACAGCUUGUGGGAUCUUCGCUAUCCCCUCUGCUGGCGGGUUGGAUUGCCCAGGUUCGUGGCUACAAUGUUGCCCUAUACGUCCUGGGUAUCUUCCCCUUGAUAUCCGUUGCUUUAUGGGUUUCGACACCCAUCUUGACGCGCAUCAAGUCUCGAAAGCUCGCUGGAGCGUUGAGAUGA